AUGAAUUCUGAAAUUAAUUUUAUAAAUUAUUUAUUCUGGGCGGUUGGAACCGCUCCUACAAAUGCUUUCUUGAGGCACAUGAAACCGCCCCCACUACCUAAUCUUGAGGCGGUUGCAACCGCCCCUACAAAUCCUAAUCGUGGGGCGGUUUCAAUCGCCUUUACAAAAUCCAUCACGUGUGGCG